AUGAAUACACAAUUUAUCUACUUAUCCGUCGUUUUGGUGGUGCUCGGCUGUGUCAGAGCGGUAUGUAAUUUGAUUGGAUAUGAGUAUUUAUGUUACUCUUGGUAUAGACAAGAAAAUUUAACAAGAUUUUUAUUGUAUUUUACUUUACAUAUUUUCACUAACAAAUAGCUCAAGGACUUAAAAUUGUUUGUUAUAGUGUGAGUUUGCUAUACAGGAGUUCCAUUGUAUUAAUAUAUGAACAAUACAGUAUAUGAAAACAUUUAAAAACAAAAUAAUUAGAAUUUUAUAUCAAAUUCACAGCUUUUGGCAUCAAAAUUUGAGUUCUGUAAAUUUGAUAUUAGACCCAAUGUUUCACUCUAAAUUCUUUAAUUUAUGGUUCCAAAUUACAAUGAAAAGACAUGGUAGAUAUAUAGUUUUAAAGGCAUAGGCAAUAUAACGAAUAAAAACUAAACAAAGCAUGGCAUUACUUUGAAGUGCUGCAAAUUAUAAUCAAGCGCUAUUUAAAAAAAACAAUAAUUUAUGUGUAAAUUUUAUGAAUUUCAAAAAGGUUUUUUGGGAAAGAACUAUAUAACAUGGUAGAUAAUAGUAAAUUCUUAAAUAUGUACUAUGCCAGUAAAUGAUAAAUACUCUCAAAUUCUGAAAAGGCGUAUAGUACUGUGGGUACGUUUCGAACGUAGUUUUGGACCUAAUUGGCAAUAAAAAGUUAACAAGUUGUAAAUAUUUAUGUUUCGAAUGAAAAUUACAAAAAAUAAAAAUGAUAGGUUUUCUAAACAAUUUUUUGAUAUAGGGUGCAAUAUCAAUAAAGCGAUUUUUUGGUCGCUUUAGCCAAAAAAUUUAAAAUCUUUUUUCUGUAGUUUCCAACAUUUAGUAGUUUCCAACAUUUUUUAUUAUACUGAUAAAUCAGUUUCUAAAACGUAACUCUUAGGCGUUGGCAGGCGUCGCAAACACUCAAGAAAAACGAGCCUUCGACGCACUAACAGCUCGAGGAUUCAACGGAUUCGACAAGCGUGCUUUCGAUUCAUUUGUAAGUAUGGCCUUUGCUUUUUUUGAAUUACGUCUGCUUUUUGUUAAUUAAAAAAAAAACCAAUUAAUUACGGGUUUUUCGAAUUACAAUAUUUUGUAUGAAAUAUUCGAAAAUUCAAUUUCUAGAUAAUAAUGAGAAAUUUUUUAAAAUUUUAGAAAACUAUGCAGUUUCAUAAGACCGGUCAAAGGGAACUUUAAAAAUGACUUCUGAACGCCUUAAGCCAACCGAAAAUCCGGUCUAAGCCUUUCUCUGGCAAUUUUUUGAAAAAAAGACGUUGAAAGGAUACAAAAGUGUCAUAAUUGAAAUAGGAACGAAAUAUCCGUUUAGGAAACAAAGUUUGUGUUAUAAAGAAACUUGUAGGGGGUGUUUUUGGAACAUGAUUUCUAUUUUUAGUCAUUAGAGCGACAAGUAAUUUUGGAAAUUAAUUUAGGGUAGCAUAAGGUAGUGUGGGAUAAGGCUUUUUGAAGUGAUGUAGAGGAAAAUAACAAAAUUUGAAGUAUUUCAAGGGCCAAAAAGUCUUAUUACGAAUUUGACCCAAACCGGUCUCACAACUGGCGUUAGAAUUCUCUCAAAUUCUUGUGACAAAUUAUUUGCAACAAUAAAAGAAGAGCUCAUUAGGGAUUCCAACCAGAAAUUAUAUAUAAUUGUCACACGACCACGCUAAAUUUUAAUUAAAUUUAAAAAAUGCGACAGUUUUACUAUGUAAAACCUGAUGGACGGUAAAGGUCACUUUGUUGUUUACAUAGUAAAUGUAGCAUUAGUUCGAUAUCUGUAUGAUGUAUAUAUAAAAAAUAGCGAUAUUUUAACAGUAUUCAAAACGCCUUUACUUUUUUCAAUUUUCAGACAGGCACAGGUUUCACGGGAAUGGACAAACGCUCAUUUGACUCGUUUACUGGACCCGGCUUCACUGGUAUGGACAAACGGUCAUUUGACGCUUUGGUAAGAAAAAUUUCAGUUCUUACACUGUCUACUGACGAUUUGCAUUUUAAAAAAGGUGUUUUGAGUAUUGUAUCGUGAAUACCGGCCGAAACAGUAGUCGGAAUAGGACUUAAUACGUUUUUACAAAGAAAAGGAGAAAGAUUAGGUUCAUACGUGAUAAGAUAUAGAAAGAAAUAGAUAGCAGUAGAAUAUAGUUACAAGUUAUAUUAUGUGCCAACAAAAGUAUGAGUGUUAUGAGAAAAUGUUUGUCGUAAAACUUCCUACUUUUAAGUUGUUCUCACCAUUACCGAUGAAAGAUUAUAUUACACAUUACACGACAAACAAAAAUAAAAAAGAUGUUUUUGGCAUUUUGCAACUUUCAAAUCUAAAAAAAACAGAAAAUAUAAUAAGAUUUUAAAAAUAAAUUAACAAAUGUUUCACUUCAGACGGCACAAGGUUUUACUGGAAUGGACAAAAAACGUUCGUUCGAUUCGUUUACUGGUCCAGGAUUUACUGGAAUGGAUAGGAAACGAGCUGUAGCACGCAUGGUAAGAGAUAAAAAAUUUUAAAAAUAUUUUUAAAGAGUAGUAAAAACUUUUUGCUUUUUUUGCCUUUGAAAUAGCAUGGUGUUUCUCCUCUCUAAGAAAAAUUGCACUGUCUAUAACGAUACUUUACUGAGACGUCUUAGAACUACUAACGAUCUUUGAAUAUAUUCUCAAACCAAGUUUCAAGCUGCUAGUUUAGGCUGUUUACCGAAAACAAAUAAAUAAAACGUGGGAUUAUUUUGUGAAAACAGACGGUUUUUAUGCACUAUUGCACUUCUAACUUGAAUCCUCUUGGGGCUUCGAUUUUUCAAAUUUAAUGGGUUCAGGAAGUGAAGUUGGGUUAGUAAAAGUAAACCAACAUUAUCAAAAAGGUUUAAUUUGUAGCUUUAUAAGCUUAUCAGUUUUGGAUGUGGAACACAAUCAAACCAACAUUUAUACAUAUUUUUGCGAAAAUUUGCAACUUUUUUUAUAAAUUUUUUAAAACUUCCAAUUUUUAAAUAUCAAAUUUGAAUUUUUUAAUACCUCAAUAAAUUUUACAGUACAAAAUAAAAACACUCAAAGAGAGCUUCUUUUUGUUUCCUAAAAUGUCAACAAAUUUCAAAGAAAACGAUUGUUAUUAGAAAAACAAGGAACACUAUUCAUAUUUAACAUCAAUUCAAAAACGAGGCCACAUUUAUAUUUACAAUGCAAAAAAAACAAUACAAGGUGACGGAUUACUAGUACUACCAGAAAUUAAUAUCCUAUUCAAUCUAGUACUGCAUUUUUUCCGAAUUUUGCACUAUUUUUAUUUUAUGGUUAUGACAGCUUUGGCAGGGUAUUUUUGUAUAAGGUGCAGUAGGACUAUAGCUACCGCCAGUUUUUCAAAAAAAAAAUUUAAUCGAAAAAUAAGUCAAUUUGUAAAAAGAAUUGAGUUAGGCUACCCAAUGAUAUCAGCCAAUUUAUAUUGAACCGAAUGAAAUAACAUGAGUGCAUUCAUGGAAUGUGCUCAACUUUGUAAAAGAUUUCAAAAUAAAAAAAACAAAAUAUGUAAAAAUGCAAAAAUUUUUGUAAUAUUGUUCCAUAAAUGAAUAUAUGAAUGAAACUUUCAAGUUAUAACCAGGGACGAUGUCGUUAUUCAUGUUUUAUUCAGCAGUUUUGGAACAGACAUUUCCCCUCAGGCUAAACAUUCUUUUGACCUCUAUGGCCGCAAAUGUAAAUUAACAUAUUACUUUGCGCCACCUACGCUAAUUGUUAAAAAAUGGAAAAAAUUUAAAAUCUUAGAAAGCAAUAAGGUCCAAAAAUGAUUUUACAUUUUUCUAUUUAUUACUCAAAUAAUUUUUUAAAAAUUGCAGAUGGCACAAAAGCGAGCUUUUGACUCGAUGACUGGCCGCGGAUUCACCGGCUUCGAUUAG